AUGCAGUACAUCCCGCGCGCGUCUCUUCCUCGCGAGGUCGCCGCCGCGCUUCGUUCCCCUCUCCGCGCUCACUCUUUGUUCUGGAACGUGAAGACGAUCCCGGAGCUUCCCGCCUCGGGCGCGUCUUCUUGCUUCCCGAAGCUCCGCUCCGCUUCCGUCCGCACCUCCCUCGACCCUUCCGCCGCGCCUUCCUUUUAUUAUUGUUAUAAGAUAUCAUAUUUCUCUCAAUAGCCUCACUAGACGAUAACACCCUCCCCGAUGUCGCCGCCGUUCAUAGAAUACCAAUCUUUAAACGCAAAUGAGACCAAAACAUACCAUCAUCCUCCUAUCG